AUGGUGUCAGGUGGAUCUGAAUCGAAAAUCUAUAGAAAAAUGGGUAAGGGACAUGAUCCAAGAGGACACGAAGUAAUCAAGAACAAAGGUGUCUAUGAUAAGAGAAAAUGUCAUGAUUGUUUGUUCUUGUUAUUAUUCUUGGCAUUUUGGGGUGGUAUGAUUGCUGUUGCUGUCAUUGCCGUUAAAGAAGGUAAUCCACUUAGAUUAAUUUAUGGAACUGAUGAAAAUGGAAAUAUUUGUGGUGUAGAUAAUAUUGCAGAUGGAGUAUUGCCAGCCAAUAAAUCAGCCAAUUUUGUAGACAACAAAUAUGUAUACUAUAUAGUAUAUACUGGUAACUUGAUCAGUGCACGUCCAGUGUGUGUAUCGCAAUGCCCCAACGAGACGCACUUGAUACCAGACAAUGCAUCGCAAUUGGUGUGUUCGUAUAAUGUCACUCCUGCAAUGGACCAACUCUAUCCAAAUGGUACUUGUGCCGGUACCUAUGCAUCACGUCCAAUAUUCAAUCGUUGUAUUCCAACCGUUUUAGUAAACGCUACCGACACCUUGUUGGAUGAAGUAUUCAAGAUGAUCAAUUCAAAGAUCGAUCAAGACACUUCGGUCAAACUGCUGUCGGAUAUGGUAGAAUCAUGGAAAUACUUGAUUAUGGGUGCAUUUGUUGCAUUGGGUCUUGGAUUCCUUUGGAUCUUUUUGCUACGUUAUUUUGCCGGUCUCAUUACUUGGUCAACUGUACUUGGUGUACUUGGAUGUCUAUCAUUACUCGCCAUUCAAGUUUACUAUCAAUGGCAAGAUGCUGAAGACGAGUACUAUUCCAUUCCACCAGCUCAACGUCUAUCACUCCAAUACGAUAAUGUUCAAGCUCUCAAAGUCAUCUUUAUCAUCAUUUGCGUCAUUGGUGGUAUCUUGGCAUUUAUCAUCCUCGCACUCUGGCGUCGUAUCAUGUUGUCUAUUGCAAUCAUCAAGGAAAGUAGUCGUGCCGUUGGUACCAUGCCAUCCAUCUUCUUCUUCCCAUUAUUCAUUUUUGCUUGGAUUUGUGCUUUUGUCAUCUAUUGGGUAAUCAUUGGAUUUUACUUGGGAACAGCAGGAACACCAGAAUAUGAUGAAAAUGGAGUAUUUUUGGGAUAUAUUGCAAAUGAUACCAUUAGAUAUAUGCAAAUCUAUCACUUUUUUGGUUUAUUGUGGACGAUUACUUUUAUUUUGGCAGUGAAUCAAUGUACUAUUGCAGGAUCGAUAGCUCUUUGGUAUUGGGUGAUGGAUAAAAAGGAUACACCCUAUUUCCCAGUUUGGAAGUCAUUUGGACGUGUACUCCGUUAUCAUUUGGGAUCGUUGGCUUUGGGUUCGCUGAUCUUGGCCAUUAUCAAAUUCAUCCGAUACGUUUUGCAAUAUGUAGAGAAAAAGUUCAAGGGCAAGGAAGCAUUUUUGGCUCGAUUCAUUGUAAAGUGUCUUCAAUGUCUAUUUUGGUGUUUUGAAAAAUUCAUUAAAUUCCUAGACAAGAAUGCCUAUAUUAUGAUAUCAAUCUAUGGUUACUCAUUCUGUAAAGGUGCCAAACGUGGUUUUGAAUUGAUUCUAUCAAACGUCCUAAGAGUCGCCGCCGUCAAUAUGAUAUCUGGAUUCCUCUUGUUCCUUGGUCGUGUAUUAAUCACUGUCAUGACUGUUGGUAUUGCAUUCUAUGCUCUUCAACGUGUUGAUGAUUUAACCUUUUAUGUUAUUCCUGUUAUUUUAAUUGGAGUAAUUGCAUAUGCAAUUGCAACUGGAUUCAUGUCAGUAUAUGAUAUGACAAUUGAUACAAUGUUAUUAUGUUUCUGUGAAGAUAGUAGCAAGAAUGAUGGAUCUGCUGAACGUCCCUAUUUCAUGUCCAAACGAUUAAAGAAAUUUGUUGAUGGUGGAUAUACUGGUUCAUGUUGUUAA